UUGAGCGUGUCAACUGCAGAAGUAUCGUCUUUUUCAGGACUAGAUGGUAGUACUCCGGGAUCAGAAAGAGAGAAGUUGAUUCAUCGCUUCAAUUCAGACCACAGUGUGUACUUAUUUUUGAUAUCAACAAGAGCAGGUUCACUUGGUAUCAAUCUGGUAUCCGCAAAUAGAUGUAUUAUUUUUGAUGCUUGCUGGAAUCCGUGUCAUGAUGCGCAGGCAGUUUGUAGAGUGUACAGAUAUGGCCAGCAACGUCGCACUUAUAUUUACCGUCUUAUACUUAAUAAUUGCAUGGAGAAGGCAAUAUUCAAUAGGCAAAUUAGCAAGCAUGGGCUGCAACGUUAG